AAAAGACAUCUCUAGCUUGGCCCACUUCAUUUGAGAGUUGAAAUCCUAUGGUCAAAACAGCCUCAGGGGACUGCUUAUACUGGAUCUGGCAACGACUGCACAAAAAACCGUUGUUAAAUGGGAAUUACUACGUUUGAAAGAACAAAAGCGGAAAGGACAGGUUUAUGAAGGACGAUAAAAGCUGCGCUGCUGAGUUUCCUCCAACCCAAUCACUUACCUUUGAGCGACAGCCACGAUGAGCGAAACCAAUCAAUCCAAAAUCCCCAAUAAAGCAAGUAAGCCCUUGCAGAAUGGCCGGAAGAGCGAGGAAAUCGUUGAAGUCCCUAAGGUUAUCAUCGAGGAUUCUGAAGACUCGAGCGGUUUUGCRAGUUCAGUUGUYAAAGUGUUAUCGAUGCAGCGCUUCUACACCAAGUCAGUACGCAAAUCACGUGAAUCGUGGCUUCAGAAGUACGCAUAUCACAGAGCCAAUGAGGAACGCGAAUGGCGCAGGCCACUAAUGCGCAAGUCACCGUCUCCAUCACCACAACCAGAAAGUCCUUGCAAUGACCAGAAUGCAACAGAGUUAUGRCAUGACGAAGAGCAUGACUCUAAUGAAAACACCGCUGACUAUCAAAGAGAAUGCUGUAUGCCGUUUGUUCUGGAGCCGUCUGGUAAACUGUACUUCUGGUGGCUUGUCAUAGUGUCGUUAGGUGUGAUGUACAAUUACUGCGCCAUUAUAUUAUACGUGGCAUUUUCCUCYCUCUACACACAGAACACAAAGGUAUGUUUUGGAAUCGACUACGCCUUUGACUCCAUCUUCGUUCUAGACAUCAUCCUACAGUUUAGAACAGGUUUCUUGCAGCAUGGUAUCUUGGAACGUCGAAGCCGAAAACUAGCCAUAAACUACGUAACGUCAGUGGGUUUUCUCCUGGACAUGCUCGCUGUCAUCCCUUUUGAUCUAUUAUACUUCAUAAUCGGCUUGUACCCAAUCCUCCGCGUCAACAGACUGUUGAAAAUGCGCCGUUUCUUCUUGUUUUGCGAUCGAGGAGAAAUUUACAGUGGUCGUCCAAAGUUGUUUAAUCUGUUGAAGCUGAUACUGUACUUGGUUCUCAUUAUUCAUUGGGUGGCAUGUUUGUAUUUCAUGCUGUCAAGAUUUGAAGGAUUUGGGCAGGACGAAUGGAUCCACCCUAAACUAGAAGGACAGUGGGCAGAGAUUCCAGCCCAGCUCACAAAACGUGUCAUUCAAUGGUUCGACUAUCUGUGGACCCAAAAACGAGACAUGGACGAAGACCAACUCUUUGCUAAACUCAACGACAACUUCAGAGCCGAAAUAGCUAUACACGUGAAUUUAGAAACGUUAAUAAAAGUCGAGAUGUUCAAAGUCUGUGAUCCUGGGUUUUUGCACGACCUUGUGUUAAAGCUCAAGCCAAUGGUGUGCUCCCCGGGUGAUUUCAUCUGCAAAGAGGGUGAAAAAGGACGCGAGAUGUUCAUAGUGAACAAAGGACGUGUCGAGGUCUUGGAUGAAAAGGAGAARAUCCUUGCUACAUUGAAAGCGGGAAGCCAUUUUGGAGAGAUCAGCUUGCUAAACAUGAAAGGAAUAGGCGAUCGUCGGACGGCUUCGGUGCGAUCCGUCGGUUUCACCGAUCUUUUCUGUCUGUCAAAGGAUGAUCURGAGGAAGUCUUGGAAUUUUACCCUGAUGAAAAGAUGCACAUGGAAAAGAUCGCAACAAAGACUUAUGAAAAACAGCAAAAAGAACGAAAACUUGCCAAGCAAAUGGAAGAGGAACAACUUUCUGGUGAUUCAGAGACUCCCAAAGAUCCUCGUGAGUGGCUUGCAGCUGACACUGCCACUCUUCGAAGAAGGCUCUCCUAUAUCUCAUCGGUUAACAACUUAAGACGAUUUGUCAGCAGAAUCAAGAAAAACGAAUCUUCCGACGACCAAAGCGCCAAAAACAUUCUAAAAGAYUAUUCGGAWAAAGCGCGKAAGGAACGGAGUGAUGAGGAGUGUCGACGKAUAAUUCAAGACUUUGURGCAGAKAUACGCACACGAGACUCAAAGUCGCACAAACAAAGCAUUGAAUCGGAGGARUCUUUUUUUCAAAGCUCGCCUUCGUCAAGUAGGCUGAUAUCGAGGCAAAUGAGUGAAAGUUUGAAAAGCAAUCGAAAGAAGACCAAACGACUAUCAUUCAGUGUUGCUGAGAAAACCACAACAAUGUCAAGUCAAUCUAGUACGGUCUUCCGCCAGCGUUCGCACACUUUAGGGCCUAUCGGAAACACACGAGACCUACUGAACUUUCAAAGUCUGGAAACAACUUCCCAACAACCCGCAGUGCAUUAUGGAUCAUUUGAUGUCAAAGUGAAAUCCAUWUUAAAGAAGAAAAGUUCUUUUGGUGAAUCUAAGCCUAAAGAACAAUCGGRGAAAGAAGAAAAUAAACAGAACAAAAGCUUUGUUGUGUCUAAGGAGCCUCUAGUGUCGAUGCAUUUCAAGGACAUAGCACGAAUCACGAUGGAAAAAAGACGAAAGUGGUUUGAAGGAGAAGAGGUACACGUUAACAAACAAACACCAGAACAGAAUAKGAUGUUUUUGGACACAAACGAAAAUCAAAGCACUGAAAACAACGCCAACAUUAUCGACGUAAAUUCUAACGAAUCGCAAGUCAUAGUAAACCAUAAAGAAACAAGAAUAUCCAGGCCAACACAAAAUGAGCAUUUAGUGACGUCCGUUCAUUUGGGUGUUGAAUGCGCAUGUUCCAAAAAACCUCGUUUCACUUUACCGCUGGCUCAAAAAAAUGAUCUUAGUAAGAUUUCGGAAGAUAAGGACYAAUCAAGUGCCAAAGACGGAAACAAACAAGAAUCGCCAAUGGCUGAAACAUGCUGUUAA